UCGGGUUCAACCCGGCGGGUACUUAGUUUCCCGCGGGUUUACCAAGCCGCUGCCCGUCCUUAACUCCGGCGACUGGUGGUCGCAGCUUUCCCUCUCCGGAAUCUCACAUCUUCUUCUCCCUCAGUAAGAAUAAUGUCUUCUUUGCCGAGAAAGCGCCCAAAACAGCGCUCGAAUCCCCUAUUCCGGUCGAAAGUAGUCUCUCCUUCUAUCAUGGAACCACCAGGAUUCUUGUUGCCUUCAAGGCACGAGCUUUUCAGACUCCUCGUUGUAGUGGGCAUCGCGUCUUCCGUGGCUUUCACCUGCAACCUAAUUGCCAAUUUCUUCAGUCCAACCUCGCAAACCCCCUUUUGCGAUAGCAAUAAUAUGGGCUCCCCUGAUGAUUUUCUUCUCUCAGAUGCCUGCAAGCCAUGUCCAAUGAAUGGAGAGUGUCAUGAAGGCAAGUUAGUCUGUGAUGAUGGUUACAGGAGGAAUGGGAAUCUGUGUGCAGAAGAUGGAGACAGUAACGAAAGAGCUAAGAAACUUGUUCGUUCUAAGAUUCUUAUUCACUCUGGUACACUAGCUGAUCUAGUUGAAAGCUAUGUUUGUCAAUCCUAUGCUCAAUUUUCGUGCCAUGGAAGGGGGAGAAUAUGGGUCGAAGAGAAUGAAAUGUGGGAAGAUGUUAAACACCAAGUGGUACAGAUUUUCAGCUCAGAUUAUGCCAGUUACAUGUAUGCCAAAAACAAAGCAAUGGAGAUAAUUGAUCGAGCAUUGGAGAAAAACACCAAUCCUGAAGGGAUUACGGAGUUGAAGUGCCCCAGUGUUUUGGCAGAACGAUACAAACCAGUUAGUUGUCGUGUUCGCCAAUGGAUCUUUGAGCAUGCUUUUGUCAUAGUGCCAGUUUGUGCAAUGGUUGUUGCAUUGACAUGGUUACUCUGGAAAAUCCGUCAGAGUUAUUAUCUGUCAACCAGAGGAGAUGAAUUGUAUCAUCAGGUCGAGGAGUUGGUACAGGAGGAUUCUCGAAUAGACCGAUACCCUAAGCUUGUGAAGGGUGAAUCAAAGGUGGUAUGGGAAUGGCAAGUGGAAGGGAGUUUGAGCUCUGCAGGGAAGAGAACCAAAAACGCAACAGUAACCAAACUAAACCCUGAUAAACAAACCCACACUUCCAAAUAUGGGCGGAAGCUAGGGCUGAUGUUCUGACGAACCGGUGGCAUUUCCUGCUGUAGUUGUUACUUCCGCAGGAAGCAUGUUUCAGAGUCCUCUGACAGUGUAGAUAAGUCGGUAUUGAAGUUGUCUCAGGCUCUCAGCAUGCCCCCCGACCUACGAAUUCCCUCCGUUGUUGUUCAGUUGUGUUAGAGGGUAGAUAGGCAGUCAGCAAGCGAACAGGGAAUGAUGAGACAGGAGUUCCUUUGUUACAUGGCGAUAAUGGUAUAUAGUUAAUACUAGGUUACUGAUACUCAUUUCCUUGUUUAAGGGGGGUGAUUAGAUGCAUCUAAGUGUAACUUGCCCAACAAUUCUUUUCUUACAUCCCUUGUUGUAGUGUUUCUUUAUUCUGUUGAUAUAAAUCAUCUUGCAUUCAUUCGAUGGAUUUCUUUUCAAUAUGCUAUUAUUUCACUCUUAGAGUCGAUGAUCGUUCAUAAGGGUGUGAUCAGGUAUCCAGUCGGGUAGUUGCACACCUUAAUCUUCUC